AUGAACUUUGAUGGAGAAGACGCUUUGGCUGCUCCAGUUUGGGACGAUUUGGCUCCUACAAAUGACAAACCUUUAGAAGAUAUUACCAGGAUUUCUAACUCAGUCGAUCAGACAACUGAUAUUAAUAUAUUUAAUGAUGACAAUGCGAUUAAUAAGGAAAUAGAUGAUAUAUCCUCUAAUCAGCGAUUAAAUCACCAGGAAGAGCUAAGGGAUUUCGAAAAUCCCUUUGAAACCUCUGCGUUGCUUCAUAAUACUUCUCCGAUAUUUGAUAAUCAGACUUUUACCAAUAAAGAAUCAAAUAAUGGCAACACUAUGGAGUCAGAAAAUUCCAUUUUAAAUCAAGCAGAAAUAUCUGAUCACCUUACCUCUCAAACUCAAAAUGAUUCGUUAUUAGUAGGCUCUUCGCUUCUAGAUUCUUUGGCCCCAGAGACUGACCUUGUAACUUCAUUAAAUCAGGACUCUACCAAUAUAUUUAAUCCUCAAUCUUCUGAUGAACCUUUAUUUGCUUCUACUUUCAAGUCUCCACUGAAUCUCUCUGAAGAGAAUGAAGAAGAAACUACACACCAACAAAAUAAUAUUAUUACCUCAAAUAUUAAUUCAAAACAAAUACAAUUAUUGUUUAAAGCACCUAGAAUACGCCGUCGACCUUUAAAGAGGGUCGCAAACACAACCAGCAUUGAUACUACUGCAACAUCACAGCCAAUCGAAUCAGCAUAUGCAACUGUUAAGACACAAGAAUCUAUUAACAGCACUACUGUUUCCUCUACAGAUAAAACUACAGAUACUAUGACAAAUAUCUCUGAUCCAUUAUCUAAAUUUGUAACAGAAAAACAGAAGAUACUCCAAGGUUCCCAAACUAAUAGUGCACAGGACUCUAUAACUAAAGAUUUCAAAAAUGAUAUUGUUGAGCAGGCUACAAAACCGUUAUUUGAUUUAACUCUAGAGUCCCCUGAACUUAAAAAAUCUCACGAGAAUUCUAACGAUGGAACGGAGCAUUCUACUGAUGCCAUAUUUUCUAAAGCUAGCGAUAAAUUUCAAAAGGAGAGUUCAGCAGACCCUACAUCUGAUACCCGUAUCGAUUCAGAUACUCCACUCCAUCCAGAUGAGUUAGAAAAUGUUGUACCAGUACUACUGGAAGAAGAGCCAGCAAUGCCUCUAAUGAAGUUUGAAAUCGAAGUUAUUGAUCCGGUAACUGUUGGAGAAAUGACAUCUGCCCAUGUUGAAUACACUGUAAUAUCCAAAUGUGAUGGCUUAACCCCAAACUAUUCACAAGUGAAUAGACGUUAUUCUGAUUUUAGAUGGCUAUAUCGACAAUUACAGAAUAAUAACUGGGGUAAAAUUAUUCCUCCACCACCUGAAAAACAAAUGAUAGGGAAGUUUAAACAAGAUUUUAUAGAAAACAGACGAUUACAAAUGCAGAAUAUGCUGAUAAGAAUAUCCUGUGAUCCUAUUUUACAAAAUGACAACGAUUUCCAACUGUUUUUACAAAGUUCAAAUUUUACGUUUGAUGCAAAAACUCGCGAAUUUUAUUCUGGUUCGAAUGCUUCUAACGACAGUAACGAUUUAUCUGAAAUCCAAAUUAGUGAAAUUAAAUUAUUAGGCCAAGAAGAUGCCAAUAUUGUAAUGAAAAGUGGUGGUUUAGCAGGUGACCAACGAAAAGGCUUUAUGAGCAUGUCUUUAUCAUUUUCGUCUUAUCCAAAAUAUCAGGAACCUGACGAAUUCUUUAUUACUCAAGUAGAAAAUUGUGAACUUAUUGAAGAACAAUUAUCGAACCUAUAUAGAGCUCUAGAAUCUGUUGAUACUCAGCGAAAUGAUAUGUCAAAUUUAGUUCUAGAGUUUGCUGCCUCUAUCGAUGCCUUAUCAAAUCUAGAACCCACAAAAAAAACUGCUGAAUUACUAACAGAAUUCGCAAAAGUUCAUAAAGCAAUAAAGGAAACCCUUGAUAGAAAAUCUUUACAGGAGGCUUUGACGUUAGGAUCUACCUUAGAUGAAUAUAUAAGAUCAGUGGCAAGUGUAAAAGCAAUAUUUAAUCAACGAGCUAGAUUAGGUUACUAUAAGGUAAUCGUCGAAAAUGACUACAACAAAAAUAAGACCCAAUUAGAAAAAUUUGGACCAUCUAAUGGUAAAAAUGCUAAUAAUGAAAAAAGAAAGAGGGCAGAAUCAGAUUUUAAUGCGAUCAGUAUCAGGUUUAAAAAGGUAAAUGAUGCCUGGACCUCAGUUGGUGAAACAAUUAAAAAAGAACUUUCACAUUUUGAAACUGAAAAGAUUCAGGAAUUCCGCAACAGCAUGGAAAUUUUUUUAGAAUCCUCAAUAGAAUCACAAAAGGAAACUAUUGAAUUAUGGAUGACCUUCUAUCAGAAUUAUCUAUGA